AUGGUGACGCUGGAGAGACAGAUGGCGCCAGGAACAGACUGGAACAGGGACACAAGGGGUAGCAUCCCGAACUGCAGUCCUCGAGAGGGGACACCCAACGAACAGCUACAGACUCCACAAAUGAAAGACACCCCCAGAGAGACCUCACAUGAUGUCUUUCGAAAUCCUGAGGAGGAUGAUGACCCCCUUUUAGAGCUCUUACAGACUCAAAGCAGCCCGGAAGCAAGCGAGGCGACUGAUCCGGAUAGACCACAGCAAGAUACUGCCACUAGAACCAGGAAACCAAGGAUUAAGUGGCCCAAGGCUUCAGACAAGACAUCAUGGACCCAACUGGACGAGGACCUAGAGAACAUCCUCGAAGCAUCCAUGCAAGGACCAGUAGACCGGAAGCUGACAACCCUCACAACCUUGAUAUAUUCAGUAGGAAAGGAGAGGUUUGGAUUAGAAGAGGAGAGAGUGCGAAUGGAACCUCCAAGACCAAACAGGUGGCAAGUUCUUAUCCAGAACUUGAGACGCGAACUCAAGCAGCUGAGACGAAGGUACUGUGCUAGUUCACCCACAGAGAGGAUUGGAGUUGCACAGCUUAGAGAUACAGUUCGAACACAGCUGACAUCAUUACGGAAAGCCGAAAACAGCAGAAGAAAGACACGGGAACGGGCAAAGAAGAGGGCAGCUUUCACAGCCAACCCAUACAAGUUCGCAAGAUCCCUCCUCGACAAAGAAAGGUCAGGAAAGUUGGAAACUCCACUAGAGGAAAUAGAGAACUUCCUUCAUGUGACCCAUUCUGACCCCAAACGAGAGGACGUGCUAGGGGACUGUGACAGAAUAGAUCCAGCGGAGGAACCCGAAAAACAGCUGAAUGCGACGGAACCUACGCUUGGCGAGGUGAAAGAAGCUGUGAAAAAGGCCAGAGCUGCUUCGGCCCCAGGACCCAAUGCCAUCCCGUACAAAGUGUACAAGAUGUGCCCACUACUUCUCAAGCGUUUAUGGAGGCUCCUCAAAGUAGUCUGGAGGAAGGGGGAUACGGUCAACCAGUUCCGAACGAUCUCGUUGCUCAACCUCGAGGGAAAAAUAUUCUUUGCCAUCCUUGCAAGAAGACUCACAUCUUUCCUGACAGGCAACGCAUACAUCAACACCUCGGUCCAGAAGGGAGGAGUUCCCGGUUUCUCCGGCUGUAUAGAGCACACCAGUGCUAUCACACAGCUAAUAAGUGAGGCGAAGAAAAGAAGGAAGGACCCCACUGUAGUUUGGCUCGACUUGGCCAGCGCAUGCGGGUCCAUUCCACACCAGCUCAUCUAUACAGCCCUCCGACACUACCAUGUGGACGGCCACAUUCAGAAAAUCAUCACCAGUUACCUGGAUGGAAUCAGGCUCCGAUUUACUGUUGGUGACCAGCUAACCAGAUGGCAGAAGUUGGAGAAUGGAAUCGUUACCGGCUGCACAGUUUCCAUGGUGCUCUUCAUCCUGGGGAUGAACCUGCUGAUAAAUGCUGCCCAACGUGAGACACGUGGACCAAAGACAGAGUCUGGAAUCUAUGUCCCAUCUAGCAGAGGCUUCUUGGAUGACCUCACAUUGACGACAACGACACACGUCCAAGCUAGAUGGAUGUUGACAUCCCUGACGGAUGUCGCUUCAUGGGGAAGAAUGAAGUUCAAAGCAUCAAAAUCCAGAUCUCUUGUCAUAAAGAAAGGACAGACAACACAGAGGUAUAAACUCUACGUACAGAACGAAAAGAUUCCUUCCAUAGUGACGAGUCCAAUAAAAUGCCUGGGCAAGUGGUUUGAUGCAAGCCUACAAGAUCGCGACAAUGUCAAGAACUUAAAGCAACAGGUAGAGGAGGGUCUCAAGAAGAUAGACCGCUGCGGACUACCCGGCAAGUUCAAAGCCUGGCUUUACCAGCAUGCACUGCUCCCAAGACUAAUAUGGCCGUUGAUGCUUUACGAGGUACCCAGCACAACAGUGGAAGCCCUGGAGAGAAUCACUAGUCGACACCUCAGGAAGUGGCUAGGAGUUCCACCCAGCUUUACCAGAAUUGGACUCUAUGGGAAGAGCAACAAGUUACAGCUCCCGCUAUCUUCACUGGUAGAAGAGUUCAAGACAGCAAAAGCAAGACUUGUGUUGACCAUGAGGGACUCUCCGGACGAGAUCAUCCGUGAGGCAGGGAUCCAAACCCGAACGAGCAGGAAAUGGUCAGCGACAGAGUCUGUGAGCCAGGCAGAGAACGCGCUCAAGCACAAAGACAUUGUCGGAGUGACUGCAGUUGGACGUGAAGGAAUUGGUGCGAGAAAGGUGGUACUGUGGAGCCGACCAGACCAGAAAGAGAGGCGAGCGAUGACUCAGUCUGAGGUCAGGAGGGCGGAAGAAAAUGCCAGACAAGCAAGGGCUGUGGAGAUGGGAGCGCAGGGAGCAUGGACCACGUGGAAUACCGCAGACAGGAAGUUGACCUGGGGAGACAUCUGGAAGUAUGAGCCUUUUCGGUUUUCCUUUCUCCUCAGGUCUGUUUAUGACCUACUACCAUCCCCAGCGAACUUGUGCCGAUGGGGACUCACAGCAGAGCCAAAAUGUAGCCUGUGUGACAGAGUAGGCACCCUAGAGCAUGUUCUGUCAUCUUGUAGUACAGCACUGACACCGGGAAGAUAUAGAUCGAGGCACGACUUGGUCCUCAGAGAGUUGGCUGACUGGCUAGAGAAGGAAAGGAAGAAGGAACAUUGUAAUCACCCCCGCUAUGGGCACGUCGCUUUUGUCAAAUCGGGUGAGACCGGGAAGACACAGAAACCAACAAAAGCAUCAAUUCUUGAUGGCUCAAGAGACUGGAAGAUGGAAGUUGACCUUGAUAGAAGGCUUGUUUUCCCAAACGUGGUUCAGACGACCCUACGACCAGAUAUUGUACUGUGGUCAGAGACAGGAAAGAAGCUCGUCACCAUAGAGCUGAAAGUAACAUGGGAGGCAAGAUGGGAAGAGGCCUACGAGUGGAAGAAGGCCAAGUACACAGAACUGAUGGAUCUGUGCAAGCAACACGUCCUAGCACAGGCUGAUGAGAGCAUUAGGAACAACUGGCAGGGAGAGACGAGUGGCUAUCCAGAGACUGAGCCAAGCAGCCGAACGGGCAUCAAGCUGGCUGUGGCUGAGGUGAGAGGAGAAGAGCUGGAGGCAAUCAACCAACACACAGUGACUGAUCACCACUGUGGGCCCACCGCUAUCAGAAUGUUCAUGGAAUUAAAGGGCCGAAACAUUCUAAGACGGCGGAAUCCAUGCUGA